AUGUUUGCCGGUGUACUGGCAUUGAUCGAUAUGGCGGAAUUGCCACAUCUGCUGCAACGUGCGGCACGGACCACUGAGAUCCCGGACCAGGCCACAAUUGACAAGAUGUGCGCCCAGGGUUCCCAAUGGGGCUUUUGUGGGUUGGGUUACCCCAGGGUUACCCACCCGUCCACCCCUUACGAGCAAAAUGUGGGGCUACAAAAAACCAUUAUCCAACCACCCCAGCAACCUCUUCGACCCACCCAAUGUCUUGAGAAAACCCGGGUUUUCCAGAACACUGUGUGCGCCUCGACUGCCUGCAACACCCUGCUCGCUGACGUGAAGGCCAUGAACCUGGAGGAGUGCCAACUGCCGGUCGGUGUCAGUUCCAACCUGAAGGCCGACCUGGUAGUCUACGUGCCGUCCAACUGCUCAUCGACGUCGGCUCCAAGCCCGGACUCGCCUGCCACAAACACACCUGUUGUCGACAUCCCGACGACGCCAGACAACUCGACGAACCAGGCCGAGCACACUGCCGCGCUAACCAAGACCCCCAUCGCUUGCUAA